AUGUCGACAGACGCAUCAGCCGCACCGGCUGCAGAGGUCCUCAUAUGUCCUCAGCCGCUGGUUAAGCUUGAGUCUGUGCUCUCCAUGCGCAACUAUGUGCUGAACCGGCCAGCAAAGCUCAACUCGCUGAACACGGAGAUGCUUGAGCAGCUGCGACCGAAGAUCGAGGAGUGGAACAGAUCGGACAUUGCCUCGACAAUUGUGGGAACUGGCACUGGCCAAAUUGCGCUGGAUUCUCAAGAUGAGGGCAAGCGCCCCACAGCCAUCCGCUUCUUCAAGCGCGAGUUCGAGCUCGACUACAUUCUUGCCUCCCUCAACAAGCCCUACGUCGUGGUUAUGGAUGGCAUCACGAUGGGAGGAGGUGUCGGCCUUUCCGCACCUGCGCCAUUCAGAGUGGCGACCGAGAACACGGUGUUCGCGAUGCCGGAGACCAACAUCGGCUACGUGCCAGACGUUGGCGCAAGCUACUACAUGUCCAGGCUGGACGGCCAGCUCGGCACUUAUCUCUGUCUCACGGGCACAACUUUGCGAGGACGCGACGUCUUUGAGGCAGGCUUUGCAACACACUACAUCCCAUCCCGAAGGGUACCGUCCCUUCUGGAGCGCCUCGCCAGCGUCGAGGAGUCUAAUUUGACCCUCGUUGACCGCACAAUCGAGGAGUUGUCUUGCGAGCGGCAGCCUGAGGAGGGCCCUUUCCACUUGACUGGGGAAGUUCGCGUCGCACUCGACACUGCCUUCAGGCAUGACACCGUCGAGCAGAUCGUGGAGGAGCUUGAGGUCAUGGCGGAGAAGGACAGCAGUGAGGCUGUCAGGCAAUGGGCAUCUCAGACGCUGUCCACGUUGAAGGUCCGGAGCCCGACAAGCCUGAAGUUGGCACUCUAUGCCAUACGCCAGGGCAAAAACUUGAACUUGAUCGACGCUCUGAGGAUGGAGCAUCAGCUAGCGACUGCCUUCUGCAAUCAAGCUUCGCCUGACUUCGUCGCCGGUAUCACCAACGUGCUCCUUACGAAGUCAAAGGAGCCCACAAAAUGGCAGCCGGACAACCUCCAGGGGGUCACCAACGAUAUCAUCGCCCGCUUCGUCGACAAGAAGUCCCCUUUCGUCGAUACCAAGGGCCAAUCCUUCGACAUCCCCGCCGACCUCGCGAAGAAGCCGCUCCCCUUCCCCUACCUAUACGCGCUACCCGUCGAGGACGAGAUCGCGGCGAUGGUCAAGGGUUCGCACAAGGAGAGCGGCGGCAACGCGCUUAAGCGGAAGGAGGUCAUCGCGAACUUUGACCGCCUGCGGGAGCACAAGAUGGGCGUGAAGGAGAAGGUGGAGGAGGUGCUGUCGCGGCGGUGCACGGAAGACAAGGACGGGUUCCUCGUGUGGAAUUGA